AUUUUCACCAAAAAGGAAAAGUACAAAUACACCGUCAUCCGUGGCAAGGGCAAGCAACUCUGUCUGAAAAGCUCUAAAAUGGGGAAGAAAGAUGCAUCAGGAAUCCAUGGUACACAGGUUGAUCAGUACAGGAAACAAAUAGGUAAACAAGACUACAAGAAAGCAAAGAAAAGCUUAAAAGCAUCAAAAGCUGCACAUGAUCUCAAAAAAUCCUCUACACCAGUCAAGGACACCAUUCUGAUAGUGUUAACUGGACUCUGUGCUGUGGUAGCAUUAUAUUUAACCCUAUACUGGUAUCUAAACAACAAAGAACCUAUCUUUGAUGAUGUUUGAAAAACAAGAUUGGCUUAUCAUUAAACUACAGUACCAGUGUGGUAUAUUAUAUUAUAAACAAUGAUGAAUGGUUUUUGGCAAGUAAAUGAAGGAUUUAUGGUGUAUACUCUACAGAAAGUGUGGUAUAGUUUUUAAGAAUAUUCAGGAAAAGUGGAAUACAGUUUGGUUGUGAUAUACUGAAAACAAAGUUAGAACAGCAUGUUUAUGAUACUUCAGCAUAGGUAAAAACUGUUCGGUUAUGAUACUUUAAGGAUUAAAGAAGUUGGUAUGUGAUAUCAUAGUUAUCUGUGAUAUAACAUCAGGUAUUAUAUGGUAUAACAUCAGUUAUUAUAUGGUAUAAUAUCAGUUAUUAUAUGGUAUAACAUCAGUUAUUAUAUGGUUUAAUACCAAUUACUAUAUAAUAUGACAUCAGUUAUUAUAUGGUAUAAUAUCAGUUAUUAUAUGGUAUAACAUCAGUUAUUAUAUGGUAUAAUACCAAUUACUAUAUAAUAUGACAUCAGUUAUUAUAUGGUAUAAUACCAAUUACUAUAUAAUAUGACAUCAGUUAUUAUAUGGUAUAAUACCAAUUACUAUAUAAUAUGACAUCAGUUAUUAUAUGGUAUAAUACCAAUUACUAUAUAUUAAAUAUGACAUCAGUUAUUAUAUGGUAUAAUACCAAUUACUAUAUAAUAUGACAUCAGUUAUUAUAUGUUAUAAUACCAAUUACUAUAUAAUAUGGCAUCAGUUAUUAUAUGGUAUAAUACCAAUUACUAUAUAAUAUGACAUCAGUUAUUAUAUGGUAUAAUACCAAUUACUAUAUAAUAUGACAUCAGUUAUUAUAUGGUAUAAUACCAAUUACUAUAUAAUAUGACAUCAGUUAUUAUAUGGUAUAAUACCAAUUACUAUAUAAUAUGACAUCAGUUAUUAUAUGGUAUAAUACCAAUUACUAUAUAAUAUGACAUCAGUUAUUAUAUGGUAUAAUACCAAUUACUAUACAAUAUGACAUCAGUUAUUAUAUGGUAUAACAUCAGUUAUUAUAUGGUAUAAUACCAAUUACUAUAUUAUAUGACAUCAGUUAUUAUAUGGUAUAAUACCAAUUACUAUAUAAUAUGACAUCAGUUAUUAUAUGGUAUAAUACCAAUUACUAUAUAAUAUGGCAUCAGUUAUAUGGUAUAAUACCAAUUACUAUAUAAUAUGACAUCAGUUAUUAUAUGGUAUAAUACCAAUUACUAUAUAAUAUGACAUCAGUUAUUAUAUGUUAUUAUAUGAUAUAACAUCAGUUAUCUUAAUAUACAAUAUCAUAAUUCAAUCGGGACAUGAAACUAAUUAACAGAGCUACAGUGCAUUAAUCCAAAGGAGAAGCAACUGAAAUGUGAUAUCUUUAAGACAUUAUGCAAAUGUGAAAUAUUGUGAUAAAAACAUAUUUACAGGCAUUGUGUGAUAGUUUCAAUUAUUACCCCUCACUUUUUUCGUAAUGCUAAUUUCCCAUAGGCCUCUGGGAGUUAUUUUUACUGUUAAUGCAAGUGUACCACAUGACUAAGAAUUUUGUACUGUUACAUAGGUAACAGUAUAAAAUCUGGUCACGUGGUCUAUUUCAUAAAUAAAAUGAAAUAAAAUGGCCGCCAUUUUUUUCUCGAUUCUUUCUUAUUUUCAACGCUAAACCCCGAUAGGACAUCAAUUUCUUCUCUGAAGUAACUAUGAAACUCAUAAAAUUUAGUUGUUUGCAACCUGGUGUGCUUUUCGCGUAUAAAAUAUCUUUUUGUUGAAUAGUCAAAAAGUGAGCAUCCGUUUUCAACGGAAGUAAUUGCAAUGUAAAUAAUUAUGUGUCAAACUGGAACAUGCAGACGAUUUAAGCAUGCAACAAAGGAUUAUUUAACAAUUUUAAUCAGUGAAACAUUACAGAUAUGGUUGACAGACAUAGGAUAUCAUCGUUAUUUUGUGAAAAACCAUGCUAAGAAUAUUCUGGAAACACUUUUACAGAAGGAUCAGAUUUCACAGAUCAUAACCGUGUAAAUGGGUUAGUGUUUUGUUUUCUAAACAAAAACCUAGCUUAUUGUAUGUUUAUGAUUUGCAGAUAUCAUCACUUUCUUAAAGAAUAAAAGAAAAAGAAAACUUCUCAAGUAGACCUAAAGUACACUUAAGACGUAAAAGGUAAGGACAGUUUAGUUAUUGUUACUUUUGGUUUAUUUUUGUUACAGUUAGAUUUAGUUGACAAUUUCAUAUCAUCACAGUAUUUUUGUUCGGGGUAAUAAAAUAAAUAACACAUGGGUUUGUGAGUAACAGUAAAAAUAUCAUCCCUCGUAAAAAUACUGUUACCCUCGGCCAAGCCUCGGGGUAACAGUAUUUUCCUCGGGAUGAUAUUUUUACUGUUACCCACAAACCCAUGUGUUAUUUAUAUACUAUCACAUACCUGUGCCGCUUUUGCGACUGUAAAAACAGUAUUGCAUGUGCAUGCAUAUAUUUUGAUGUGACAUCAUUUGCGUUAUACAAACAUAGUGUAAAGACACGCUAAAUGUUAGCGUUAAACUAUAGGUGCGGCAAUGAAAAAUUACUCUUUUUUUACUUUAAACAGUCUUUAUAGUUUGGAUAUGUGAUAAAUAGAAUAUAAUUCUCGUGUAGGUUCAUUACUGAAUUUAUUUAACGAAUUGAAUAAAAUAAUAUAAUGCUUGCCAGAGGCUGGCAUUAUAUAGUUUUAUUCAACUCGUUCAAUAAAUUCAGUAAUGAACCUACACUGAUGCAUAUCCUCUAUAUCAUAAAGUAGUUACUGGUAGUAUUGUUUAAAUUUGUUUUUGAACUUGUGUUAAAUUAUGAUAUCAAUAGACUACUGAGUUAAUUUUAGCUUUAAACGAAAAAUUGAAAGCAUAAUAAUAAUAUUUUAGAGUUUUACUUUUAAUAUAUACUUACCUCUUUUAUGUUUCAAGUUGUAAAGAAAGUAAGAAAAUCAAUCAUUCCUAUUAAUUUUCUAUUUUUUAUGAGGGUUUACUUGUCUAUUUAUAUUUGCUUAUUUUUUUUUUUUUGAAUUUUGUAAUGACAGGACAUUUAUUAACUUAAUUCCAAAUAUUAUUCAAAUAAUUUUAUAUGUUGAAGAUCCCACCCAUUUAUUUAUUUGUGAACAGUCUUUUAUUUCUAUGUUAAUAAGUCCCAUUUUCUGUUAUUUCUGUUCUGUUAGUCUGUUAUUUUUCUUUUACUGUUUAUAUCAUUGUGUAAACUUUGUUUGUCAAAAUUAUGAAUGGGUGUACGUGAAUUUCAAAUAUAGGGUACAGUUUGUUAGUUGAAAGUGUAUAAAGCUAUAUUUGAUGAUAUAUUUUUAAUUUAAUGUUUAAAAAAUUCCACUACUUGUUUUAGUAGGUUGGGUCAUGAUUUCACCAUGCCCAACUCGUUUUCAAAAAAAUAUACCUACAAAUGUUUUUCAUUCUAAGUAAACUUCAAUCAUUUGAAUUAUAAUAUAAACAAUAAGUUUACAA